AUGCCAAAUGUUUCUCUGCUGCAACAGAAUUACUUCCUACAAGAUCCUGUGGUUCUUAAAUCAUCUGGGCUAGAAAAUCAGACUGUAAUAACAGAGUUUAUCCUGGUGGGACUCUCCAAUGAUCCACAUGUAGAGGAUUUUCUUCUUCUUUCAUUUAUGAUAAUCUUUUUAGUCACCAUCCUGGGAAACAUAACCGUUAUAUUGGUGAUCAAGUCUGAUGUCCACCUUCAGACCCCCAUGUUCUUCCUUCUCAACCAUUUAGCUUUUGUUGACAUCUGCUAUUCCUCAGUCACUGUUCCCAAGAUGCUGGCAAACUUUGCAACAAAGCAAAAAACUAUUUCCUGGGAAGGAUGCAUUGCACAGAUCUUCUUCACUUUCCAAACAGCUGGUACAGAAGUGUUAAUCCUCUCAGCAAUGGGUUAUGACCGGUAUGUGGCUAUAUGUGACCCCCUGCAUUACAGCAGGUACUUGACAAAAGAGAUAUGCAGUAAAAUGGUGGGUGGCGCCUGGCUCCUGGGAUUCUUUAAUGCUAUGAUGAAUACACUGCCUUUGCUAAAUCUCCAUUUUUGCAGUAACAAUAUCCUCAGACACUAUGCUUGUGAGCUUCCUUCAAUCUUGGCUUUAUCUUGUGCAAGUACCUUCACUAAUUACAUCACUCUUUCUAUAUCUGUAUUGGUAUUUGGUGUUAGCUCAUCUCUUAUCACCCUUGUCUCUUAUAUUUACAUCAUUUUAACCAUCCUGAAAAUCAAAUCAGCAGAAGGCAGGCAGAAAGCUUUCUCUACGUGCAGCUCCCAUCUCAUUGUGGUGGGCCUAUUUUACAUUACAGCUUUUGCUCGGUAUGUGAAGCCCAGUUCAGAAUCCCUCAUGGAUCUAGACAAAGUGAUCUCUAUUCAGUAUAGCAUUUUAACUCCAAUGUUAAACCCGAUCAUAUAUAGCCUGAAAAACAAGGAGAUCAGAUCUGUUCUACUGAAAAGGUUUGGAAAAUGUAGUCCCAUUCCUUACUCUUGGAACAAUAUCCAGAGCUCUUAGUAUUUGAA